AUGGCGCAUGACAAGAUCAAGCGCGGGGCUCUGGUGGUGGUUGAGGGACUGGACCGCGCGGGAAAGUCCAGCCAGUGCGAGUUGCUCUACCGCAGUCUUUUGGACAUGAACUACAAGACCGAGUAUAUCCGCUUUCCAGAUAGAAGCACGCCUAUCGGGAAACAAAUCGACAGCUAUCUACGCGGUCAAUCGCAAUUGGGCGAUCAUUCGAUCCACCUGCUAUUCUCGGCCAACAGAUGGGAAGUUGCCCAGAGUAUUCAGGAUGAUAUCGCUAAGGGGAUCACUGUCAUUGUAGAUCGCUAUUCAUAUUCUGGCGCGGUCUACUCUGCUGCCAAAGGCAACCCGAACCUGUCGCUUCACUGGGCAUGGCAACCAGAGGUCGGCUUACCUCGCCCGGACCUCUGUUUAUUCCUAAGUAUAUCGCCAGAGGAGGCUGCCAAGCGGGGAGGCUAUGGUGUAGAGCGAUACGAAACCGACUCGAUGCAGAAACGGGUGAGGGAUUUGUUCCUAUCACUCCUAGAUCUGCCACACAAUGAUGAAAUCUGCGUUAUCGAUGCUGGAAGACCAGUAGACGAAGUGGCACAGGACAUCUUAGAGCCUGUUCUCGAGUGUAUGAAAAAUGUGGACUCUAUUGGAUCGCUCAAGAAGCUGGCCCCAUGGUCAUUUAUUCCCAGCGGUGAAAGCUCGGCGAUUCGCAUAGACAAAUGA